GCAGUAACCGGAAGCUCGCAGUGCUGUCGUCCGGUCGCUUCACCGACUGCGGAGGGUGUGAUGUGAUGUGAUGUGGUAUUAACUCGUUACCCUAUAUUUCACCUCCUCUCCUCUCCUCCCCCGCCCCGAGUCGGAAAAGUUUUGUUUGGAAUCUUAUCCGGGACAAAAAUUUCAGCAGGAUGACAGCAGCGACCAGAUGGGAGGCACUUAGCCUUUAUAGCAAAAUCUUCAGAAUAGCGAGGACGUGGCAGUCACUGUCAGGCCUAACAGAUGAAACUAUGAAAGAAAAGCAGUACAUCAUCACAGAAGCCAGAGCAUUGUUUAGAAAAAAUAAAGAUUUAACAGAUUUAGAGGAAAUCAAACAAUGCAUAAAGGAAUGUCACGCAAGGAUAGAAAUGGGAUUACAUUAUAGAAUUCCCUAUCCUAGACCGAUGCAUCUCCCUCCUAUGGGACUUGGUGGUAAAAAAGAACGCAAACUUCGCACACAAGAAAGACUGCGGAAAAUAGCAAAACCAGUGUAUCUACAGUCCCAAGAGGAGACAUAACAGUGGUUUGAGUUGGAAAUUUGUAACCCCUUGUGUUAAUAUUUAUGUUGUACUGUGCUAAAAUAUAUUUGACAGCGGUGAGUUGUUUGAGUUAUGCUUAAUUUGUAGAAGACUUCUGUUGCCAAAAAAAACCUACAUAAUUUGCCAACAAAAAGGUUUGCAAUGGGUAGCGGUUAUUGGACCAGCCUGUACCAAAGUAGGUAUGAAAAUUUGACCUUACUCAUUCACAUACUUUAAAGCAUGCUUUCAGUUUUAUUGCUGUAACUUAUUUCUUCAAACCUUAAGAAAACUGCUAUCACCCAGGUUCAACAGAUGACUAUGUCAGUUAGUACUCCUUAAGUACUCCUUUUGAAACCCUUUUUCCAACCUUUUAAUUUUACCAACUGGAUUCAUAUAAACAUAUUGACCAUCCAUUAUCUAUCAUUUAUCAUAUCAUUGAUCUUGUCCUCCCGACGUGAAAGGUGCUGUACAAAUGUCAUUUUGUAUUGCAUUGUAUUUUCACAGUGAUUAUCCCUGCUCGAAUACUAAUGGUAAUAAAUCAGCCAGGAAGGGUAAUGAAACACAUGUGAAUUUCUAACCUUCUCACUCCACAAUGCUUUACUAAUGGGGAAAAAAAUAUUUCUUUGCUUCCAACUUUUACAAAUUUAUUUCAGUCCUUUAAAUAAAGUAAAUGUAAUCCAAAGUAAAAAUAAUUCAAUUUUGUCUGUGGCUAUAAUAUCUCUUAUGUGGUAUCAAAACCAACUUAAUGUAAUAUCUUCUCUAGAACAUUGGAUGAAACCAUGAGAUAGUUUAAUUCCUCACCCUUGUCUUCAAAUCCCUCCACUCCUCUGCAAC